CUUACCUGUUAAGAGCCAGUGCAGUGAAGCUCAGAUCCAACCUUCCAGACAGAUUCUAUGCUGCAGCUAUGCCUGAUAAACAGCCCUCAACUGCUCAGAGAUCCGGGGAAUGUGAUAUUUAAGUAUUUAAUUAUUAAAAAACUUUUCAUAACAAGAAGAGACAGGUUGGCUCCUUAGCAGCAACACUCUGCGUCCUCCAAAGAAGACAAAUGGGCGCAGAACAACAUCCUUCUGCAGUUUGCUUCAACUGCCAAGCGCUGACCAUUGGGCAAAACUGCCUUUCGUCUAAACUAAAGACUUCUAGAUGUGGACGGAAUCACUGGAAUCGACAGCCUAGCUGCUCAGGUCAAGGCAAAAUAAAAUGGAUAACAGAAAAAGACUCCCACCCCAGAGGGGUAAGACUGUGGAGAACACUAGCGCAGCCAAGGCAAAGAAACCGGAUGCUCCAGAGCCCAAGAGUGCUACAGAGCCAAAAGACAGCAAGACUGCGGCGGACCCAAAGAAGACUGUAACAGAUCAGAAAGAGAAAAAGACUGUGACCAUCGUCACAGAUCCAAAGGACAGAAAGAGUGUGUCUGAGCCAAAAGAAAAGAAGACUGUGACGAUCUCAGAUCCCAAGGACAAGAAGCCAGAGACGAAAGACAAAAGGAUGGUGACAUUUGUGACAGACGUAAAAGACAAGAGAAUUGUGACAGACACGAGAGAAAACAAGAUUAUGUCAAUAGAGAUGAAAGAAAAGGUGGUUGUGCCCGUAGUGCCAGAAGCCAAAGAAAAGAAAAUUGUGCCACCAGUAGAACCAAAGGAAAAGGUGGCUGUGCCAGCUGCGCCAGUUGCACCGGCUGCGCCAGCUGCUCCAACUGCGCCAGCUGCACCAGUUGUACCAGUCGUGCCAGUCGUGCCAGCUGUGCUACUUGUCCCAGAAUUUAAAGAGAAGAUCUUCAUGCCAGAGAUGAGACAGAAGAAAGACAUGCCACCUCUGCUUGAGGUAAAGGGAUUCAAGUCUCUGCGAAUACAAGAGAUAAAAGACAAGAAGGCUGAACCCGAGGUAAAAGAGAAGGCACCCGAGACAGAAACAAAAGAGAAGAAAGUUGUGCCAGAAGUCAAAGAGAAAAAGCCUGUGGUAGAGGAAAAAAAAGACGAUGGGACAGGUGAGGUAGCUCGGACUAUAGUUGAAGGUGUUCUGGCUGCCGCUGUUCAAUUUGUGGAAGAAGCCAGAAACCCCAUCAAGAACAUUAAGUGGCUCACUCAUGGAGAAUUCACAGCAGAAAAGGGUCGGAAACAAAUUGAGAAGUUUGUUUCGACUUGGGAGUUUCAAAAUCGCUGGGUGUACUAUGCAGAUUUUAUAGAGAGGAAAGACUUAAUUCACUCCUUCCACUAUAUCUACCGUGUGCGCUGGAGUGCCCCUACUGCCGUGAGACCCCUAGCAAGAGUCAGUGCUAACGCCUAUUUCACCAUCAAGUUCAACAAGAGCAAACCUCCGGGUUCCAGUGUCUCCUGGACCAGUGAGACAUCCAGCAUCAUGGACUGAACAACUACAGGAUUCUUGGGCUUUCUGUUAGCAGCCAGCCAUUGUUGGAUUAGAUGAAC